CUCUCUCAGGCUUUCUUUCCAUUUCGCUGGCACAGACCACUCUUAUAUACUAGUCCCCCAGGCUUUUUUUAUCGAACGCUUACGCAAAUAUGACGAAAGACGUCAACGGAAAUGGUCGCCAAUUAGGGAGCCUGCUAUCAACAAAGAAAGCUUUUCUCGAAAGCUCUUCAUAUGCUAAUGAGGUUCAUAAAUGGCUACAAGGAUGAAGGAUACUUUUUCUGUUUAUUUUGAGGAUCCAAGCAUGAAACCUACCUAUCUAAACAUUUAUCCAUACAUCUAUCUAUAAGUUUAUCUAUACAUAACUUUCUGUUGGCUUUAAUUAAAAUGGCGCCUUUAACGUCACCAUUUCCUGAUAGGCUGACUUACGUCACUGUAGUUAAUUGAUGCCUUGUGCCGAUUGGCUAACUUUGAUUACAACCUGUGCGCCUGUGCCCAGUGAUUGGUUGAACGCAAAACUCCUGAGGGUACAUCUGUGCGUACUUGUGAGCUUUGGAAAGUACGGAGGGUUUUUUCUUUUUCGGUCUUCAGCGCGUUUGGCCCGCUAGUAUGAUGGCCGAUGAUUCCCGCAGUGACAUAGUAGAGCUGGCCGAGAGUACCGAGGGUUCUGUGGAGGUGAAGCGGUAUGGGGUGCUUCGUUCCGUGCUGCGGGGGCUCUUCUGGCCCUUUGGCAUCGUGGUCCAUGCAUAUCAUGGCUUUUGGUGGGUGCUGGGCUUCAGGCAACCCAAGCAGCAGCAGCAGGAUUUAGCCAGUCUGCGUCCGUCCCGCAGCAUUCGCAAGCGCCUUAACCCGCUCACACGGCUGCUGCUCAACAUCUUGCCCCGCUGGCUGCAUCGUGCACUGGGCUACCCUAAGUCCACUGAUAUUGGCUGCUCCCUUGCUCAAGAAAUAAAAGUCUCGCCCACAAAACCUUGUGGGAAGGGCAGCAAGAGGAAACAGGAUGACUUGGAGUAUGAGAAUGAGGAGGCCCACCACUGGGUGGACGCCCUCACGCAUGAGCUUGUUGACGAAGACCCAGAGAACGAUCCCGACUAUGAGCCUAGUUCUGUCGAGGCAGACAGUGAAGAGUUGUCCUCUCACAACAGCACGGAGAGCGACAUUGAAGUGCAUGACGAUUUGGUCGUUAUUGAAGAUGUGUAAACGGGUGUUCAGCAGCACUCGCCUUAAUGGUUUCGCCCUGGCCCGCUUUAACAUGUUUUGUAUAUUAGUGUCAUUUUCUAAGUCACAAUAAAACUUAUUUGAAUUUA